AUGACGACUUUACCUCCUACCCUAGUAUCAGCCAAGGAGGAUGACAAGCCAUUCAAGAACGAGGAGGAGCCAAUCGAGGAGGAUAAGCAAUAUUAUGAAAGAUUCAGUGGGGAAACAUCAGACAAAUCACCAUAUCCAGAUUCAUCAUCCCAUGAUGACCCUACCGAGCACGUUGAGAGUCAAGAGGAGGACACUUCUAAGUCAAAUGUAUCCCUAGAGAUUGUGACUCCACUACCCCCAUCUUCUGGUCAAUCCUUCAGUAUUCGUGAAUUGGGGCCUAGGAUGAUAUGCACUCCGAGGAAAUACAUCCCUAUACUAUCCCGGAAAAGAGCAAUAUCGCUGCCAUCAUCAUCUAGAACCUUAAAGAAGUCGUACCCUACCCAAAGUGGACUCCUUAGGUAG